CUGUCAUCCUUUACCUCGCACUUCGGGAACUGCUGCCACUUUCACCCUUUGGAUUCUUUACUUCUCAAACACCAAGCAAUUUUGUCCAAUUUGGAUCACACACACAGAUACAGCCGUUUAGAAAGACCUUCGAAUUUCACUUUUUUUUUUUUCUCCUCUCACACAAGAUAGAUAGGAUUUUCUUCUGCUACCUUCAAAAACAUCACAACAAGAAGCAAUAACACCCCCUAAUACGAGUUAGGUGAGUUCUCAGUUCAACUCAUCGUGUGGAAAAAAAAAGGAAGAAAAAUAAAAUACUAUUUUUGUAAUUUGUAUGUGAUAAAGUGCCCAUCUUGAUGUAUGUACUUCUUCACUUCUUUGUAUGUGUCCCUAGUUUGAGUGUAAACUAAAACAUUUUGAAGUGUUUAAGGUGUCACAAGAUGUGACUAUGAUUGUGUUGGGUGAAGGAAACAUGGUUUCAUGGUUGUGUUGUUGUCUUUGUGAUCUGUGAUAUUAGAUGAGAUGAGAUGUCAGAAAACAUGUAUCCUCCUAGGUUGUUGGUUUUUGACCAUACCCAUUUGAAGAUGGCAUGGGUUAAGCAUCAAAUCCGGCAAAAAGAUGGUUACUUGAGCUACUCACCACCCCUUUUGUCUUCAUCUUUUUCUUCACCUCCAUACCCUCUUGGUGCUACUUUCCACAAGGAUUCAUCAUUGCCUUCUUCAACACCACCACCACCACCACCAUCAUCUGGCACUAGAAUUAGUCCUGCUGUUCUAUUCAUCAUAGUGGUUCUUGCUGUCUUGUUUUUCAUCUCUGGCCUCCUCCACCUGCUUGUUAGAUUUCUCAUAAAGCACCCUUCUUCUGCAUCUGCUCAAUCCAACAACAGACACCAAGAACUUUCCACAUCUGAUGCUCUUCAAAGGCAGCUUCAGCAGCUCUUCCACCUCCAUGACUCUGGCUUGGAUCAGGCUUUCAUUGAUGCUCUUCCUGUUUUCCAGUACAAGGAGAUUGUGGGGUUGAAGGAGCCUUUUGACUGUGCUGUUUGCUUGUGUGAGUUUUCUGAAAAGGAUAAGCUCAGGUUGUUGCCUAUGUGCAGCCAUGCCUUUCACAUAAGUUGUAUAGACACAUGGCUUUUGUCAAACUCCACAUGCCCUCUUUGUAGAGGAACACUUCUCACUCAAGGGUUUUCCGUUGAGAAUCCUAUAUUUGACUUCGAUGAUCUUAGGGAGGAUGAGAUGUGUCCUUGGAAUGGGGAGAAUGGAUUCAAUACCCGGCAGAAAACAGUUGUGGUUGAAGAAAGUGUGGAGAAAGAGAAAGGUGUUUUCCCUGUGAGGCUUGGGAAAUUCAAGAAGCUAAGUAGUGUGGAGGGGGGUGGGGAGAGUGAAGUGGGAGAGACAAGUAGCAGUAAUUUGGAUGCAAGAAGGUGUUUCUCAAUGGGGUCUUACCAAUAUGUGGUUGGAAAUUCAGACCUAAGGGUGGCUUUGAACCAUGAUGAAAUUAGUAAAGGUCAAGUCACAAGGCUCAACAAAGGAAUGGAACUUGAUGAUGGGAAGCUUUCAGUGGAGGAUGUGGAAGGAAAGAAGAUUAGUAGUGUCAGUAAAGGUGACAGUUUUUCUGUGUCCAAAAUCUGGUUGUGGCCAAAGAAGGGGAAAUUGCCUACUUCUUUGGAUGGUCAAAUUGGCAUGCCAAUGCCAUCUUUUCUAAACACAGAUUUUCCAAGGAUGAGGGAUACAGAAGGGGCAUGAAAGAUCUACAGUAGCUGAAUGAAUAUGGUUGUGGAGUGUAGCCUGUUUCAAAGCCAGACUUGUCUCUUUCUGUGUCAUUGUUCUUUUACCAUCAAUCAGGGUGUCUACUUUGAUCAUGAGGAGUGGCAGGUUCACUUGCUUUCUUUGUUUUUUAAGGCUUUUGGUUUUGUCUAAUCUCUCUUUUUUCUUCUUUAUUAUUAUUGCCUAAACUUACUUUUUGAGAGAGGGUGAAACUGAAAUGUGAAUGCAAACCUUUUCUUUUUUCUUUUUUAUCUUCUAAUAUCCUUUUGGCUAGGAGGCAGUUGAGCACUGAUUGUGGGGAUCCAUGAAAGCUGGCGUCAUAGAAUCUCUUUUUUUCCUUGUGAUGAGUUUUGAUUCAAAAUAAUUUGCUGUAGUUCAAACGUGUGGGCCAUUUUACAGUACACCUCACAUGUGUCCAUUUUGCAAUUAAAGACAGAAUUAUCUUGUAUCAAUCAUAAUGGCAAUCAAUUAGUCCAUGUUAGUUCGGAAAGAAUAUGAUAAUGAAUUUGCUCAA